AUGUGUUCACUGCUCAGCGGUUCAAUUCAGGCAGAUUCGUUUUUAUUGGAAUUGCGGUUGACGAUGUUAAACUCGGCGUUUGACAGAGACAUACAGUACCUUGCUAUGUUUGAGAUUAAAGUUUACCGACGAUGUUCCGACGUAUUUUUCGAAAAAGGUGCAUCUUCUUUUUUUCCUCUUCGCUUGAUGGUGUUCGUAUGUCAUGUGCAUUCAGGAAGCAGAAUGGUCUUGUUGACGUUGGAAGUAGAAGGAGGUUUAGUUGUUUUCGCGGGUAGUAUUUUGCAAGCGAAAGUGAUUGUUGAUCAGCCCCAGACUGAUGAGAAGGAGUUGGAGAUAACUUUGACGGGACAGGGAGAAACGGGAUGGACUGAACAAGAGAGUUCCUACGAUGCUGCUUCGAAAAAGCACGUGACAAGAUCCCGACACUACAAGCAGGUGGAGGAGUAUUUGACGGUGCAGAAAACAUUAUGGAGCAAAGCCACUGGAAGUUCGCUGAGCUCCCGUCAGUCGUUCGAUUUUUCUAUCAACCUUCCGCCGGAUUUGCCUCCUUCGUUCAAAGGCACGUAUGGGUCAAUUAGUUAUUCGAUUGCUGCUAAGCUGAAAAGACCCAUGUUGAAGUUCGACAAAGAAGCACGGGAAACUUUGAUCAUUGUCCCGUUGUGCUCCAUGGCGCAUCUGCGGGAAUUGAUGGAACCAGUCAAACUGCAGAAAGAUAAGCAACUGGAAGUUCUCUUCUGGAAGAAAGGCCAUAUUCACGCCACAGUGAAUCUCCCACGUAGAGUUCAUGUUUUGGGAGAAACAAUACCGAUAACUGCGGAGAUUCACAACCAAAGUUCCGUUGUGGUGAAGAAGACGGAUGCGAAGCUGAUUCAAACUGUGACUUUUCAUUGUUCGGGCAGGAAAAAAGAGGAAACUUCCAAUGUUGUCCGGAUUAAACGAGGGAAUGUGUUGCCCGGGACAAUUUUCCAGUGGAACAAUGUUUCUAUGGUGAUUCCCAAAAGUAUUCCUCCGUCGGACUUCGGUCCUCGUUGUCGACUUUUCCAGGCCCAACAUAAGUUUCAGUUUACAGUUGUACCCACUGGAUUGCAUUUCUCCUUGGACUUGGUGACAGAUGUGAAACUGGGGUCUGUUUGGCAGCAUCCCCCUGUUGUCGUUCCUGGGCAGCAAGUGCCUGUAACACCGUUGGGCAAUCAAUUCCCUGCGAUGCACUUCCCAGUUUCCCCGCAAGGAGUUCCUCAAGGGCCUUUCGUGGGAAUGCCGUACAUGAGUCCGCAGCCCGGUCCAUUCCCAGUCCAACCGGGUGUUCAGUACUCACCUGUGCCGCCUCAGAUGCCUGGCUACCCGUUUCCUCCUGCUGGACCAGGAAUGGCACCCCCUUAUGCCAUGCCUGAUGCUCCAAAUUUUGUAGCAAGUGCACCACCAUCGGAUGGGAAUUUGUAUCCGAGUGUUAACUUCGAAGCACCACCUACCUACAACCAAGCCUGCGGCACUUCUGAUGCAAACAAUUUCAGACCCUCGCCCGACGACGAUGAGUUGACCAAGGAUUUUGAAAAGAUCAAGAUGUGAGCGUUGAAUUAAAAGCUUUCUGCUUUCUUGAGUGUCCUUGUGCGAAUUCUGGACUUGCGCCUGUUUUAAACAUAGUGAUGUGAACUGGAAACACUGGUAUGUUCUUCUGAUGCGUAAAGACCGGUCUUUAUGGACUUUCCUUGGUGGCUGUAAUAUGGUGUGAGAGAAAUUUUUGGAUCAAGUGAAGGCGUUCUUUUAGAUAUCCUCUUGCUUCCGAGCGAGUCGUGAGUGCUUUCCCUAUGUUGAGCUUGGGAAACGGACAAUUCCCCCGAUUCUAAUUCCCCCGCCUCUAUUCCCCCCGCUCUAAAAUCCCCGAUCCUAAAAUCCCCGAUUUUUAAAAUCCCCGACGUUUAUUCCCCCCGGUGUCUAAUUGCCCCGAAAUAAAAAUCCCCAUUUACUAAAAUCCCCGAAAAUGCAAAAUCCCCAAAUACAGUAUACAAAAUAUCAGCGAAAAUGAAAAAAUUCGGCCAAAAUUGGAUUAUUUUCGCAUGCUGUGGUGUUUUAAGUUUUCUGAAGGUCAGAAAAGACCUUCCAGGUGGGCUGAGGCAAAGUUGGGAUUAAUCCAAUAAAAAGCCCAUUGCUUAGCACAGGAUUUCUUUCAUUUUCCCACAAAAUUUUUCUGUGCAAAAAGAAAAAAAAAAUUGGAUUUUUCCCUAACUUCAUCCUCAAAUCCCUUUUUCUACCCUGAGAUGAGCAGAAGAAGAGGGAUGCCAACCUGAAGAAUCUGUGUCAAUUGUUCAACAGGCACAAAAUUAGUCUGGAAAAAUUUUCAAAGGAAACAGCUAAAGCAGUGAAACUGAGAUACAAUUAAUAAUUUUUUUUAUUGCUGAUGCGGCUUUUUUUUACAUUUUUUGUUUUUUUCAAUUUUUACUUUUUUCUUUUUUUUAAAUUUUACGUUUUCAUUUUUACGUUAUUUUAAUUGUUAUUCAAUUAUACUUGUUAAAUUCAAUUUUUGUCACUCAGAAAUAAGAAAAACAAUUGUCCAACCAUCAGUUUUUUAUUUUUGGGGGAAAUUGUACAUCGGGGAUUUUUAUUAUGGGGGAUUUCAACAAAAAGCAGGGAAAUUAAAAUCGGGGAAAAUAACACUCGGGGAUUUUAAAAAUCGGGGAAAAUAACACUCGGGGAUUUUAAAAAUCGGGCAUUUUAAUUUUGGGGAUUUUUGUGACCAGGGAUUUUAAAAUCGGGGAUUAUUAUUCAGGGGAAAUAGAGGCAGGGGAAUUGUCCUACACCCGUUGAGCUUGUGCUUGUUGGAUCAAAAUGCGUGUAAAUUGUAACUUGAUUGAUCUGCCGCUGUGAAAACGCAACAAAAAUAUUCUUGACGAUGUACUCCAAAUUCCCAUCGUGAAAAUCGUGUUACUGCUUUUGAAAGAAAAUCGUCGUUAUUCGUCAAAGGGGAAUGCAUCGGGUCCCAAACGUGGCAUUCGUGGUUAUCUUGGCUCGAAACGAAUGAAACUCUUUUUUUUGAGUUCGCCGG